AACAACCACCAGCAGCUAAGCACUACCAUCAACCAUUGUCUUCGUCAAUGGCUUGAAAGCGACAACGAAAACUAUUCAUUCGUGUUUGUUACUCGGUAAAGAGAGGUUAACGUCUACAGAUUUACGCGGGUGAUACAGAAUCAAAUUCGAAGGGAAAUCGUUAAAGAUCGUUUAACGAUUCUUCCGUUUUGUGUUCUGCAAAAAACAACAUAAAAAAUUAAUUGCAACUCGGUUCUGAAAGCAAAAUUGUCGAUUUUCUGUUGUAAACGAAAAUGAAUGACAUUUAGUUCAAUAGUUUGAGUAAAGCAAAAUUCAUCUUUAAUUGAAUUUAAUUUAUUUCAAUUGAAACCGGUGCCGGGCUCCAUGCUAGCAGAAUACGAUCUCGCGGUUGCUCAUUUGUAAACACAAACGAAUCAAAGUGAAAUAUGAAAAUAGAGUGAAAUACAAAUAUAGAAAAUUUUCACAUUUGAAAGAGAAUUCAAAAAGAAAAGCAAUUUUGUAUUUAUUUAAAUCCAAACAAAUACAAAUCAAGUGAUAAAUUUCAAAACAACCCAAAUAAAAAUGGCUGAUGAAACAUUGCAAACCAUACCCCUGGAGAACAAUAUCGAUGCCCAUAUUGUUACACUAUUUGAACGUCUGGAGGCCAUAAGACGCGACAAUCAGUGCAAUGCCCUUAAUAAUCGUUUGUCCAGUACCCUGCAGCCAAAACGCAGUAUGCAGGCCGAAAUAAGAACGUUGGAGUUUUGGAGAUCCAUUAUUAGCGAAUGUUUGGCAUCGUUCUUUUAUGUUUUCAUUGUGUGCGGUGCAGCGGCUGGGGCUGGUGUGGGUGCCAGUGUCUCUUCGGUGUUAUUGGCAACGGCUUUAGCUUCAGGCUUAGCUAUGGGUACCCUAACACAAUGUUUCCUACACAUAUCGGGCGCUCACAUAAAUCCAGCCGUUACUUUAGCAUCCUGUGUCAUACGCUCUAUAUCACCUUUACGAGCUGCCAUGUACAUCACCGCCCAAUGUGGUGGAGGCAUAGCCGGAGCUGCUCUACUUUAUGGAGUCACCGUACCCGGUUAUCAGGGUAAUUUACAAGCAGCCAUAUCUCACAGUGCCACAUUAGCAGCCUGGGAACGUUUCGGUGUGGAAUUCAUUUUAACGUUUGUUGUGGUCUUAACAUAUUUUGUGUCUACGGAUUCUGUAAAAAAAGUUAUGGGACAUUCUGCAUCCUCCAUAGCGGCGGCCUACAGUGCGUGCAGUUUUGUGUCGAUGCCAUACCUAAAUCCGGCUCGUUCAUUGGGACCCUCGUUCGUUUUGAACAAAUGGGAUAAUCAUUGGGUCUAUUGGUUUGGUCCCUUGGUUGGUGGCAUUGCAUCCGGCAUUGUUUACGAAUUCAUUUUUAGCACAAAACGUAAUGCACGCCACAUCAAGGCAUCUAUGGAUAAUGAAUCGUCAUCAAUGAACUCGGAUGAUGAGUUGAACUAUGAUUUGGAUUUGGAGAAGCAAAAUAUGCAAACUAAAUACACGGGUACUUUCCAGCGUGGACAAAAUGCAAAUGUACCACAACAAACGGGCCCCGCUCCACCCAAUGGAAAUGCCGGAAACGGCAAUUAUUGCCAGAACUUGUAUACUGCACCACCUAAGUUCGAUCAACAACAGGAACCCCUGUAUGGUGGUACCCGUUCCAUGUACUGUCGUUCACCCACCUUGACCCGUACGAAUUUGAAUCGUUCACAAUCGGUAUAUGCCAAGAGUAAUACGGCCAUUAAUCGUGAUAUUGUACCAAGAUCGGGUCCAUUGGUGCCAGCGCAAAGUUUGUAUCGCAUGAAUCAACAAGUCAAUCAGCAGCAACAACAGCAGCAGCAUCAACAACAGCAGCAACCACAUCAGCAACAGCAACAACACCAGCAAUCAUCACACCUACAAAAUCAAAAUGUACAAAAUCAGAUGCAACAAAGAUCGGAAAGCAUUUAUGGUGUACGUUCGGCCAAUAGACAAAGUCAGCCACCACAUCAAGGUCAAAUGCCCCAUCAUCUAACCGGACAGCUCAUGCAACACCAACCACCACCACAGCCCCAAGGAAAUCAGCAGCAACAACAACAGCAGCAUCAGCAACAACAUCUGACGCAACCACCUCAAGAUAGCGGGCCACAAAGUUUUCAAUCCGUCUAUGGCACCAGGCAAAAUCCCAAUCCCACCGAUGGAAAUAUAAAAUUUGAACGUCGUCCGGAAUCGGUUUAUGGCAUGACAGUGCCCCGCAAUCGUGGCCAAUCCGCCCAAUCUGAUGACAGUUCAUAUGGAUCGUAUCAUGGCUCCUCAAUGACACCACCUGCGAGAAUACCCAGCACCGAACCACCCAUGAUUAUGUAUGCUCCCCCACCGCAACCUAAUCAACAUCAGGUAUCUUCGGCCACAAAUCCGCCACCAAUUAGAACCCAGUCAGAACGUAAGGUGUCAACACCGGUGGUAGUGUCACAAGCGGCUUCAAUGACUUCAACGACCACAACAAUGGGACAAUUUUCCACUAGUCAAGGAGCACCAGCUCCACAUUCGACACAACCCACCACACAGCAACAGCAGCAGCAACAACAAAUGAUGGCCCAACAUCAUCAGCAGCAGCAACAACAACAACCGCCCCCACAACAACCUCCACCACCCGCCCAUCCCCAGCAACACAAUCAGCAUUAUGGCAUGUUACCAAUGAGACCAAACUGAAAAAGGCUUUCCUGGAGUCCUGCCCUGCACAAACAAAACGAAAUAGAAGAUGAAAUUUCCAAAGCCUCAUGAGAGUUAAUCAUACAAGGUUUCUUCAAGGCAUAAUCACAAUAAUACUAUUUUGAGACUGAAAUGGAAGCCUUGUAAUGACUAAAAUUUAUUUUUUUUACAAAAAGUUUGGAACACUUCAUGAUGUUUGGGUCUAGCCACCUAAACAGUUUCGAAUAAUCUUCUUGUUUUUUUGGUUUUCCUCUGUUGGUAACGAACCAAAGUUCGUCUGUAUAACAAGAUGAUUCUUAGGAAUCUAUAGGCCAUAAUAGCCCCUAAACCUAAUUAUAGAACAUUGUAAAGUCCAAAGGAACUGUCAUAGAAUUCAACAAAACAGCAUUCAUUUAAAAUUACAAGAAAAACACCAACAAAUAUAUAUAAAAUGUGUAUAGUCAGAAUAAAAAUAAUAAUAAUGUUGAUACUCAUCUUAAUACAACUAUAUUCAAUAACAUAUUAAAAUAAGUUAAAUAUGGAACCACAACCCUCUGCAUUAACGAAGCCCAUUAUACCCUUUAAAAAAAUAUUACUCAAAAUUGUUAGAUCAAAGAUGGUAUAAUGUUUUGUGUUUUGUAGCUGUUUUUCUUCAUUAAUACAUAAAUAAUGGAAACAUUUCCUAUUAGAAUUCAAAAUAUUAUACCUUCUUUGACCACUCACAGACCCCCUUAGACUGAAUUUAUUUUAAUUUUAACCGAAAAUAUUGACGACUUUUAUGAUCGUGGUUUAUAAAGAUUUCGACUAUUGGAGUAUCCUCUAUUCGAUUCUGUGUGACCUUAGCAUAAAUGACGUUUCGUAUUCUUCCUACUAUAUAGAUUAUAUAAAGUUUACAUAUUUUAUACAUAUAUAUACAAUUAUUAUAAUAAUGUUAUAUCUAGUGCAUAGUUAAGUCUAAUAUCUUAAUGUUUUUGUAAAUAGUAGAUAUUUCUUUUGUGUUUAAGUUUUUUUUUUUUAAUAAUUUUUAGUUAUUAGUGCUUUAAUUAUAUAAAUUUGUAUUGCAAAUUCAAUAAUAAUGUCAACAAAGAAAAAAUCCAAAAAUAUAAAGUUGUAUGUUACAUA